AUGUCGCAGCCUGUAAAUUUAGACGAACUCGAUGCUUCAUCCAUGCGCGGCAAUAACAAUCCUGCGCCUCGCUCCUCUCAAAACAAGUCUCAGAUACUCGAAGCUACGAUGCGAAAUGUUCCUAAGCUCAAAGAGCAGAAUUACACUCAGUGGAAUAACAUGAUAACAAACUCGAUUAAAAAAGCGAAGCUUUGGGGAUAUAUUGAUGGAUCAAUCCAGGAGCCCUCUGAUUAUGAUUCUAACAACAUAGCCACAUAUUACGACGAAGCUGCGGCCGUUCGGAAUGCGAUCCUAGGGUCCUUAGAGUCUGGAGCACAGAAAUACAUAGAGGACGCAUUGGAUCCGAGAGAUGCGUGGCUUGCGCUAGAGAAGAAGUAUCUGACUGCUGAGGCAGAGGUCGACGCUGAACUGGUCGAUAUCGAGAAACAAAUUACAAACCUAAGGCCGGAGGAAGAUGAUGAUAUGAUCGAGCAUAUUGCCAAGUUUUGUCGUAUGCGAUGCCGCCUAAACGGUACUCGUUUUGCGCUCGACGACCAGGCAUGCAUCACUAUGUUAUAUUGCUCUCUACCCUCAAGUUAUCGCCAGUCUGUAUUAACCCCAGAAGGUACAGAAAUGAAGGACUUUGGCGCUCUGUGUGCUCGGUUGAGUAACCUGAGCCAGAACCCGGAGCCUGAGGCCCCUAUUGAUGAGCCCACUCCGCCUCCUGUGAAUUAUACGAGUUGGGGAGUCCCGGAAGACAUUAAGGCAUUUGGACUAACUGGCGACAAAAACCCGUUGCUUACCGAAAGGGCUGCGGUGACCUGCCGGGAUUGCUUAUUGAAGGGCCAUAAAGUGGGAACGCCUGAGUGCCCUCAAUACGAGUGGCGUAGGGAGCUGUGGGGUGCCGAGGUUGACAAAGACUUAUCAAAUACCAGUGAACUGGAGAGUAACUCUCAAGCCAAACGCCCCGUCCUAGUUGGCACUAAGCGACUGAGCUACGAGUUUUCAGAACCGGUUAAAGUUGUUUUGGGUUUCAAUGAACUUGGAUUGAAGCUGAUGAGUAGGAUAGAGCCCUCGGCAAUUCAGCAAUGCGCGAUCCUCCCUGUUAUCAAUGGCCGCAACGUGCUUGCCCAAGCACCUCCAAAGAACGGAAAAACCACUGCUCUGGCACUAUCAAUCCUACAUGUUGUCGAUCACGCUCUUCGACACAUACAGGCGAUUGUUUUUACUUCAACCAACGAAAAGGCCACCGCUUUUCAAUCAGUGAUCAGCAGAUCGGGACUUUCAUCACUGUGCUAUUCGUACCCAGAUCCUUGUGGGGACGCCAGAUUAUCUUUGGGACUUAUUAACCGAAACAUCGUGAACAUGCGUAGAAUCAGAACUAUAGCAUUGGAUGAUCUCGACAAGCUCGUAGAAGCAGGAGCCCAAGAACAAAUCCUUGAAGUAUACCGACACGUUCCGUCUCUUGCACAGGUGGUCGCUUCAACAACUACGCUUUCACCAUCUAUUGCAAACGUAGCUACCAAAUUACAGGCAGACCCUUUACGCAUCGUGGUCAACUGCGAUGUUGGGCCGUCAAUCGGGAGUCACUUUUUCGUCAAAGUUCCCGCGAACCAGAAGCCGAAUGUACUUGGUGCAUGUUUUCGAAUUUUGGGAGCAAGUGGAUUAAUGGUUUUGUGUUGUGAUUUUGACGAGAUAGCUAAAUAUGAAUGGAGCAACGAGUACCAAAACUAUUAUUGGAGAGAGGCGGCGGGAAUAAGCGAGCGUGAAAGUGUAAAAAGCAACUUUAUCGAUAAGCUGAGCGCCAUACACAGGAGAAAAAACCCCGGCUAUUAUGCAUAUGGUAAUCGUAUAUACGAUCCAGUAUCAUAUACUACCUUGGUCGCCAAUAGCGCAAUUUUGUCCACGACCGAUUUGUCGAACAUUGACACUCCUCUCAUCAACUACGACCUUCCUAAAGAUGUUUGCGAUUAUGUUGACCAGCUUGGUCAAUGGCGUGUAACUGAUUCGCGGCGAAGUCAUAUGAUUAUCAAUUUUGUUUCAGCCAAUACAGAAGAAAUAAACAUAAUUCAUGAGCUUGCGGAGGAUUAUGGUAUUCAGAUUGCCGAGUUACUAUGGGAUGGAAUUAAGCUUCAUUAG